UCUCAUCCAAACGGCCAACAUCCAUCGAUCGCAACUUCACAACGGCCAGAUCACCAGACCGCUACCUUCCCAACAUAGCGCAUAUUCGCUUUACCCAAAUAUCGCUACAGCCUGAGAUUCAAGUGCGCCCGGUGCGACUUCAUACAUAGGCUAUCGUCUCGCCACAGAGAACACACACCCCACACUCCGACUCGAACGAACUCCGCUACGCCCACACACACUCCCUCCUCGCAACCUCACCUACUCGUGGCCUUCAGUCGACGAAGCCACCGCAAGCCCGAUCCCAUACACUCCUCUAAGAUCAUCAAUUCUCCGCCUCAUACGCCUCAUCAUGGCUGAAGUCGCAAAUGGCCAGCAGCAGGUCCCCCUCGACACCAUCCCCAUCUCUCCCUCAGACAAGCCCUCUGGCUCUACCGACUCAACAAGCGCAGAUGCCGACAGCAGCGAUAUCAAGACUGUCUUCCAUGACAAGGAGAACUUCAACGUGAAACACCCUCUCAUGAACACUUGGACCUUGUGGUUCACCAAGCCACCGAGCGGCAAGGGCGAUAACUGGAACGAGCUUCUGAAGGAGGUCAUUUCUUUCGACUCAGUCGAGGAGUUCUGGGGCAUUUACAACAACAUCACACCCACAUCCGAUCUUGCGCUCAAGUCCGACUACCAUUUGUUCAAGAAGGGCGUCCGACCAGAGUGGGAGGACACCCAGAACAAGCACGGUGGUAAAUGGGCCUUCCAGUUCAAGGACAAGAAGGCAAUCAACAUUGAUGCGCUCUGGCUUCAUGUGAUGCUUGCUGCCAUCGGAGAGAACCUUGAGGACGAUGAGGACAACGAGGUCAUGGGCGUUGUCGUGAACGUUCGCCGUGGCUUCUACAGAAUCGGUCUCUGGACCCGUACAGUUGGCAAGGCUCUUCCCGGAGACAGCGCAAAGGGCAGGACCUUCGAGCAAGGCAAGGAGAUCCUCCAGAAGAUUGGCAAGCGGUUCAAGCAGUCUCUCCAGCUCAAGGAGAACGAGCCUGUCGAGUUCUCUGGCCACACCGAUUCCGCCCACGCAGGUAGCACUCGUGCUAAGGCAAAGUUCGUGGUCUAAAAGGGCCAUUUCUUGGACUGUGCGCGGACACUGCUCCAAUCGGGAAUAUUGUUUCUGGUCCAUCUCUGACCAGAGGCAAUCCUCGAAUGGCAUAACCACGUAACUAGGCCUUCUGGCGUAUUUCUUUCUUUGGCAUACCCCGUUCACUUAAUCCCCUCAAUUCCCUCAAUUGUCCUUAGGACAGUCCAAAAGAGUCUUGGUAUGGGUGCGGUUUCUAGCAUGGCGUCUGCAUGGAUGGCGAUGGGUGUGGUAAUGGGUCGGGUCUCUUCUUCAGAACGCCCGUCAUGAUGGGCAUACCUAUGAGCCGAGAAGAAUGAGGAGGAUAACUCUGUUUACGAUAGACCAAUUCCUGGCUACAUUUCUCACGUAUAAAAUAUGAAUAUUCAUCUACAGAACGAAGGG